AGUUGUCGACGGUAGACGCAGUGAGGCGGUCCUGACCAGGAUUCUAAAAAAAAAGAAGUUGGUCUUCGUCAUUGUUACUGCGUUAUUUUUAUUUUAUUUUAUUAGGGAUAUUAUUUUCUGUCUAAAACUAUGGCCUCUUCGGACGUUGCUCGGCAGCCGGAUAAAGGAGUCCGUCCCCUGUCCCUCGCCGGCCAUGUGGGCUUUGACAGCCUUCCAGAUCAACUUGUCAACAAGUCCAUCUGCCAGGGCUUCUGCUUCAAUAUUCUCUGCAUUGGUGAGACCGGUAUUGGCAAGUCUACCCUGAUGGACACCCUAUUUAAUACCAACUUUGAGAACUUUGAGUCAUCCCACUUUGAACCCCAGGUGAAGCUGCGGGCUCAAACCUAUGACCUUCAGGAGAGUAAUGUCAGGCUACGUCUCACCGUGGUCAACACUGUGGGCUUUGGAGACCAAAUGAACAAACAAGAGAGCUAUCAGCCGGUGGUGGAUUACAUUGACAGGCAGUUUGAGAGUUACCUGCAGGAGGAGUUGAAAAUCAAGCGCUCUCUUCACAACUACCAUGACUCGCGAGUCCAUGCCUGCCUUUACUUCAUCUCCCCUUCGGGUCAUUCACUGAAAUCCCUUGACCUCGUCACCAUGAAGAAACUAGACAGCAAGGUGAACAUCAUCCCAGUGAUCGCCAAAGCCGACACCAUCAGCAAGAGCGAACUGCACAAGUUCAAGAUCAAAAUCAUGAGUGAGCUGGUCAGCAACGGUGUCCAGAUCUACCAGUUCCCCCUGGAUGAUGAGACCGUAGCAAAGGUCAACACCACCAUGAAUGGUCAUUUGCCAUUUGCUGUAGUAGGCAGCACAGAGGAAGUCAGCGUUGGCAAUAAGAUGGUGAAAGCUCGCCAGUAUCCAUGGGGUGUAGUGCAAGUGGAGAACGAGAAUCACUGUGACUUCGUAAAGCUGAGAGAGAUGCUGAUCUGUGUAAACAUGGAGGACCUGAGAGAGCAGACACACACUCGUCACUACGAGCUGUACAGACGCUGCAAACUGGAGGAGAUGGGAUUCAAAGACACCGACCCAGAAUGUAAACCUGUCAGUUUGCAGCAGACUUAUGAGGCCAAACGUCAGGAGUUCCUGGUGGAGCUGCAGAAGAGGGAGGAUGAGAUGAGGCAGAUGUUUGUGCAGAGGGUGAAGGAGAAGGAGGCCGAGCUGAAAGAUGCUGAGAGAGAACUUCAGGGCCGUUUUGAGCAACUGAAGCGCCUCCAUGCAGAUGAGAAAGCGGCUCUGGAGGAAAAGAAGCGCCUUUUCGAAGACGACCAGAGCUCCUUCAGCAAGAGACGAGCUGCUGCUCAGCUCCUGCAGGCCCAGAGCCUCACCGCCAACGGCAAGAAGGACAAAGACCGCAAGAAUUCUGGCUUCAUGUGAAGACUGAUGGCUCUGCAGUACGCUCCACUAUGACCAGUGUAACCAGUGACAUUCUCGCCACUUCCUUUCCAACCCUUUAUGGCCAGUCUCCAACACAAACCAGCAGCAGUGUGUGAGCGCCAGCUUGCUUUGUGCCAAAGUUUAUUGACUGCACCCAAGAAUCAUAUGUACACUUGCCUCAGUGGUAUUUUUAAUCUUCUUUGUAGGUGUUAUUCCUCUUUUUUGUAAUGGUUUUAUAUUUAUCCUUUCAUUUUUAUAUAAACUUUUAUUUUCAUCCUUUUUAAACUUUUGUCAGUCUGAGGGACACCUCAGUGGACUGGACCUCACACAGCCUCCUCACUAGAUGUAGUUCACAGAUCAAAACAUUUUGAUAGGUACAAACGUUGUGUAAGAGACUUUCUAUUUGACUGCCAUAUGUUUAGUGUCUAAUAAGAGCACUCUUAACGCUUUACCACACCAAACAAGACUGUUAUUCAUUUAUAUAAUUCUUGUCAUUCAUUCAAGCCCCUUUCAGACUUUAACUUCAUAAGUUGAACUUGUUGGCAAUUUUAAAUGUUUGUCCCAGUGUUUAAAUGGUGACAAAUUCCCAAUUUUUAAAAUAAAUGUUGCAGUCGCAGUCUGACAGCAAUGUGCCUAGGAAGGUUUUCGUCAAAGCUCAAGUUAGAGUUGAGUGCUGGAUUAAUGGAGUAGCACAAGGUUACUCUUUUAUUUUCAAUUUACAAAGAAAAAAAUAAAGAUUCAGUAAUCAAAAACACGUCAGAUUAACCAAUAAAACUGCGUUUCCUGCCAUUUUGUUGUGGAGCAAAAGCAGAACUGAAAACCAUAAUAAUCAUCACCAUCACUCCUAACUUCUCAGCUUUUAUUCAUAUAUAUGAAAACCCAGCACAGUGCUUGGGAUACAGCAUGGAUUUUUAACUACCGUAUAUUAUAUAUCUGUAUUAUGUCACUGUUGGGUAAAAAACAAGCCUCACAAGUGAAUAAUGUAUCACAGAAUGGGAACUUUUCAGGGAUGAUUUGGCAAAUGAGAAGCAAAGCUGUAAAGGUUGUUAACAAAGCCUCUGAGAAUAUCAUUCUACUGCAAAAUAACUUUUAAAACCCAUCACUGUCUAGCAGUGUGACAUCAAAUACAGAUAAAGAGUUGCAGCACAAUGCGUAAAGUUUAAAUAUGUUUAAAAUGUUCAUCUGAAAAGGGCUCCAGUUGUAUCGAUAAUCAUCUCUGAUCGUUGUUCAGAGGGAUCCAAUGCAUUUAUCAUGACAGGGCAUUAUAAUUCCUUAUUCAGAUAUUUUUUGUGCACCUUCUUGAUGUUGUAAAGGUUUUAUCUGAACAUAUCAGCAUUACAGAAAGCUGCAGCUGCCACGUUGAUUCUCCUGAGGUUGUUCCAAACGGAAACAGUUGUUCCUGAACUUUUCACUUCUCUGCUGCUUUUUCACUUCCACAGUUUUCUAGGAGAGCGAGGCUGAGGCUUGGUUUGGGAUUUAGGUACAUGCUACAGCAUAUAUUUAUAUAUAUUUUGUUUUACUUACUCCCUUAUUUUUCCUAUUGACACAAACAGUUGACGUUUGCAAUCCUGUCUGUCUAAAAAAACAGCUGACUCAUGGUAUAAAAAAUGGAAUCAUAUCGAGUCGGUGUGUUUGUUGAGGGAGCAGAGGGAGGGGGGUGAUUUUAUGACUGUAUUUUUGCAUAUUUCUAUUCACUUUGCUCCGUACUGUAAAAUGUUACAGGGCGUGAGACGCUGUGUCAUCACUGCUCCACAGUAAACCAGAACACUGUGGUGCUGCUUUCCAGCAAAGUGUGAUUUGUAAACCGACUCUCACUCACAAUUACUGACACUUUAGUGCCUUAUCUGUGUGCAACUUAGAAACACACUAUCCACUUACUUAUAGAUCCAGGGAAACACACUGAUGCCUACUGGAGAAAGGCUUGCCUAUGACACAUUUUUACUACACUUGUAUUUAAGGAAUAAACAGUGUUAUUUGGGUGCUUUUUUUCCCCUUCUUUCUAAAUAAAUCUUUGUAUUUUUGUCAUGA